ACAAACAUUUAUUCCAACAAUAUUUCAUUUGAUCUCAUUCAUAGCACAUCUCAUUUUCUCUUUAGUUUUUUUUCGGGUAAUAAUCCUCUCUUUAGUUUUUGGUAUACGAGUUGUAACAAUGAACAAAUUAUGAAGACAAAUCACAACUUAUGGUCAUCCAUUUCCAAGUAGUGAGAUCGCUUGUUGGUAAACGUUGCAGAGUUGAUCAUUAACUGACACAAUUGUGAGAAAUUUCAGGAAUAAAGAGAUGUAGCCAUACUUAGUUCAAGAAAAUCGAGAAGCAAGUAUGGAGUAUGCAUCCAAAUUUGUAGAAAGAGCUAUCGAUGUUGUGUUGGACUUGACUAUUCGGCAUGUGGGUUACAUCUUCUAUUACAAGGAAAACGUUAGUGAACUAAACGUUCUGGUUGAGAAACUAAGACUUGAACGAGAUAGGCUGGAACACGAAGUAGAUGAAGCUAAGGAUAAUCUAGGAAUAAUCGAAAGUGAUGUUUGUGUUUGGCUUCAAAAAGUUGAUAAAACUAGAACUGAAACAGAGGAGUUUCAAAAUGAAGAAGGUCACACAAAGACAAGGUGUUCCAGUGGUUUAUUUCAUUACUUGAGGAACAGGCAUAGACUAGGCAGAAAAGCAAAGAAGAUGGCAGUGGAUGUCAAGUUAUUAAUAGAUGAGUCAAAGUUUGAUGGAGUUUCCUAUCAGCAAAAGCCAACAUCUAUGCAUGCUGCUUUGGCUAAUGCUGGCUAUGUAGAAUUUGGUUCCCGAAAAUAUACAAUUGAAAAGAUAAUGAAAAAACUAGAAGAUUCUACAGUGAGAAUGAUUGGAGUGUAUGGGCCAGGUGGUGUGGGUAAGAGCACUUUAAUCAAAGAAAUUGUUAAGAAAGCUCAAGACAAGAAGUUGUUCAAUGUGGUAGUUGUUGUAGAAAUAACUGACAAUCCCAACCUGCAGAAAAUCCAGGAAGAAAUUGCUUACAUGUUAGGAUUAACAUUGGAAGGGGAAGGCGAGACUGUGAGAGCAGAUCGUCUAAGGAGGAGGUUACAGAAAGAGAAGGAGAAUACCCUUGUCGUCAUGGAUGACCUUUGGGACAGAAUAGACUUGAAUAAGAUAGGAAUUCCAUUUGAUGAUGAUAUGGAUGAUGAUUCAAGCCAUAUGACUAUUGAUGUAAUGAAGGAUCAUAACUUCAAAAUGGUGAAAAAAGGAAAAUCUCUUGGUGAUUAUAAGGGUUGCAAAAUUUUGUUAACUUCGAGAGAUAAAAUAGUAUUGUCUGAUAAAAUGGAAGUCAAGUCCGUUUUCUGUGUGAGGGAAUUAGAUGAUAAGGAAUCUCUAAUGUUGUUUAAGGAGGUGGCUGGAAUACCUGAUGAAAUGUCCACAUUUAAACAGGAGAUUGUAAAAAAGUAUUGUGCAGGGCUACCCAUGGCAAUUGUUACAGUUGGAAGGGCAUUAAGAAAUAAAAGUGAGUUAGUGUGGGAAGCCACACUAGAAAAACUUAAAAAAGAGGAACUGGGUGAAGUGCAGAAAUCUAUGGAGAUUUCUGUAAAGAUGAGUUAUGAUCAUCUAGAAAGUGUGGAGCUCCGGUCCAUUUUCUUACUUUGUGCUCAAAUGGGUCAUCAACAAUUAAUUAUGGACUUGGUGAAGUAUUGCUUUGGAUUGGGUAUACUUGAAGGGGUCUAUACGCUAAGGGAAGCUCGUGAUAGAGUAUAUACAUCAAUCCAAAAGCUAAAAGACUCGAGUUUGAUGUUGGAUGGUAGUUCCAAUGAUUAUUUCAAUAUGCAUGAUAUGGUUCAAGAUGCCGCUUUGUCUAUAGCACACAAAGAGCAAAAUGUAUUUGCUUUGAGAAAUGGCAAAUUAGAUGACUGGCCGGACAAAGAUGAACUCGAGAGGUGCAGUGCUAUCUCUAUACGCAACUGUGAUAUCAUUGACGAGCUACCUGAAGUUAUAAACUGUCCUCAUCUUAAAUUCUUCCAAAUUGACAGUGAUGAUCCUUCUUUGAAAAUACCUGAGAAUUUUUUUGAAGGAAUGGGAAAACUCAGAGUAUUAAUAUUGACUGGUUUUCAUUUACCAUGCUUACCAUCUUCGAUUAAAUGCCUAUUAAACCUCAGAAUGCUUUGUUUGGAGCGGUGUGUUCUGGUUGGUAACUUAUCCAUCAUUGGAGAGCUGAAAAAAUUAAGAAUUCUCAGCUUUUCUGGAUCUCAAAUUGAAAACUUGCCAGCUGAGAUAGGGUGUUUAGAUAAGCUACAGUUAUUUGACAUCAGCGAAGGUUCCAUAACGAAGGUGAUUCCGCCAAAUUUUAUAUCGAGGUUGACUUGUUUAGAAGAGUUGUAUAUAAGAAAGAGCUUGAUCAAAAUAGAGGAAGAUGGAGAGCCAAACCAAAGUCAAAUUUCAUUUCUUUCUCAGUUAAAACAUUUGCACCAAAUGAGAGUUGUAGACUUAUGCAUCCCAAGUACUGCAGUUUUUCCUAGGGACUUGUUCUUUGACAGGUUAACUGAUUACAAAAUUGUGAUUGGAGACUUCAAGAUGUUUUCAGUUGGUGUUUUUAGAAUGCCUAAUAAGUAUGAAGCGUUAAGAUCCUUGGCAUUGCAGCUAACAAACGGCACUGACAUUCACUCCCAGAAAGGGAUAAAGUUGUUGUUCAGAAGAGUUGAAAAUUUGUUGUUGGGAGAGAUAAGUGGAGUUCAAAAUGCUUUUUAUGAAUUGAAUUUGGAUGGAUUUCCAGAUCUUAAACAUUUAUCCAUCAUAAAUAACACUGGCAUUGAAUAUAUCGUUAACUCAAUGGAGCUGAUCCAUCCUCAGGAUGUUUUUCUCAAUUUGGAAUCUCUAUGCCUCUACAAACUGAGCAACAUAAAGCUGUUGUGUUAUACUCCAGUUACAGAUGCCUCAUUCACCAAAUUAAAAACCAUCAAGGUCAAGAUGUGUACCCAGUUGAAGACUCUCUUCUUCUUUUACAUGGUUAAAUUUUUUGCUAGUCUAGAAACAAUUGAUGUUUCUGAAUGUGAUUCUUUGGAGGAGAUUGUUGUUAUGGAAGGACAAGGAAAUUUUAAUAAGGUUGAGUUUCCUAAGUUGCGGUCUUUGACGCUAAAAACAUUACCAUCAUUUACUACUUUUUAUACUUGUGAUGAGAUGCCUUCUUUAGAAGGGCAAACAAUGACCAGGGAUCACAGAGAAAUUACUAUUGCAGAAGAUGAUUACAAUGUCAUGGCACCCCUUUCUCUCUUUGGUGAACUGAUUGAAAUUCCAAACCUCGAGAGUUUGAAGUUAUCCUCAAUCAAAAGCCAUAACAUAUGGAGAGACCGACCUCUUUCAAAUUUCUGCUUUCAAAAUUUAAUAAAAUUAACUGUGAAAGAUUGCUAUAACUUAAGAUACUUAUGUUCAUUGUCUGUGGCUAGCAGUUUGAAGAAAUUGAAAGGCCUUUUUAUAAGUAAUUGCCGAAUGAUGGAGAAUAUUUUUAUCACUGCAGGAAACACUGUGGACAAGGUCUGCAUCUUUCCUAAGUUGGAGGAAAUCAACCUCACCAAACUGAAUAUGUUGACUGACAUAUGGCAAUUUGAAGUUGGUGUUGAUUCCUUUUCUAGUCUCAUUUCUGUACAAAUUAAAGGGUGUGAAAAACUAGUCAAGAUUUUUCCAAGUCACAUGACAGGAUGGUUUGGGAGUUUAGACAGCUUGAAGAUUAUCGAUUGCCGGUCACUGCAAGUGAUUUUUGAAAUCAAAGAAUUUCAACAAAUAGAUGCAUCUAGGACGACGAACACAAACCUGCAGCUUAUUUUUGUACAGGAACUCCCAAACCUGAAGCAAAUAUGGGACAGAGAUCCAGAAGGAAUUCUUAGCUUCAAAAAUAUGCGGGUUAUAGAUGUCAUAGACUGUGAUAAACUAAGCUAUGUCUUACCAGCUUCAGUGGCCAAAGAUCUAAAAAGGCUCGAAUCCAUUUCGAUAUGUGGUUGUGACGAGAUGGAGGAAAUUGUUGCUUGGAAUGAUGGAACACAAACCCGAUUAGAGUUUCCUGAAGUAACCUUCAUGGGACUCUUUCUCCUGCCAAAAAUUAAGCGUCUCUAUAAGGGGGGACAUAUAGAAUGUUCAAAAUUGAAGCAGUUGGCUGUGAACUCCUGUGAGCAGCUGGACAUGUUCACAACAGAAACCACAAAUGAAGAAAGACAAGCGGUUUUCUUAGCUGAAAAGGUAAUCUCAAACUUAGAGGUCUUGACAAUUGGCUUAAAGGAAGCAAUGUGGUUAAAGAGUAACAAAUGGGAGUAUCGAAUGGACUGUAUGAAAGAGCUUUGCUUGUUCUCAUUGGACAAUAUUGAACUUCUCUACUGGUUUCUGGACAGAAUGCCUAAUCUGGAAAGCUUAAAAUUGGUUUUAUUUGACAAUAAGCUUAAAGGGUUAGUGCCAAGUGGAAACAUUGCACCACAAGAAAGACUGGGAACUGUAUUACAACUCAAAAAAUUGUUUUUGUAUAUGUCACCUAUAAAGGAUCUAGGAUUUGACCAAGACCCACUUCUACAAAGACUACAUCAUUUGUGCUUACAUCAAUGCCACAGUUUGGUCAUUAUAGCACCUUCCUCAGUAUCUUUUACUCACUUAACAUAUUUGGAAGUAAAUUCUUGUUUACGUUUAAUGAAUUUAAUGGCAAUCUCAACAGCCAAAAGUAUGGUUCAACUUGAAGUGAUGAAGGUAAUCCAAUGUCGUUUCCAGGAAAUAGUAACCAAUGAGGGAAAUGAAGAAGACAGAGUGAUCAAAGUUGUAUUUAGAAAAUUGGUUUGUUUAGAGCUGGUGACGUUACAGAACCUUACAAGUUUUUGUAGCUACAAGAACUGUGAAUUUAAAUUCCCAUCAUUGGAAAGAUUGAUUGUGAGAGAAUGCCCCAAAAUGGAAACGUUCUCGAAGAGUCAGAUAACAGCACCAAAGCUAAAAAAGAUACAUGCCACUGAAGGAGAAUCAGAAGAGGAAGAUAAAUGGUAUUGGGAAGGUGACUUGAAUACCACUAUACAGAAAGUUUUCAAAGACAAGAUGUCUUUUGAAUACACAGAGCAGCUGGACGUGUUUCCUGAAUCAUUAGAACAAGUAUGGCAUGGCAGGGAUUUGGUGCACGAGAACAUGUUUCGCAAUUUGACAUCCUUGGUGGUAGGAAACAGUCAUAAUCUAGUGCACGCAAUUCCAUCUCAUUUAAUUCCUUGCUUUGAGAAUUUGAAAAUGUUAAGAGUAUGGAAUUGCAGUGCAGUGAAAGUCAUAUUUAAUAUAGAUGACGCAAGGGUCACAAAAACUUUUGGAUUAUUUCGUUUGAAAAUAUUGUCAUUAAAUAAUCUACCAAUCCUGGAGCAUGUGUGGGACAAAGACCCUGAAGGAAUUCUCGGAUUUCAAGCGCUACGAGAAAUGGACGUUGAUGGUUGUAAUAUCCUUAAAUAUUUGUUUCCUACAUCGGUGGCUAAAGCUCUUACUAGACUUGAGGUGCUUAGUGUAACGCACUGUAAAGAGUUGGUAGAAAUAUUUUCGAAGGAUGAAAGAGCUGUCGAAAGAGAUAGAAAAGAGUUUAUGUUUCCUUGUCUGACCUCAUUGCACCUAGCAGAAUUGCCAGGGUUCAAAUACUUUUAUCCUGGUAUACAUAAGUUAAAAUGGCCUUCCCUAAAAGAACUGCAUGUAUAUCAUUGUAACAUGGCUAUAUUUAAAUUUCAAGAAGAUUAUACAGAGGAGCAAACCCUUAUUCCAAUUGAACAGAUCCUCAGAUUGGAGAAAUUAUUAUUUGGUAUUGGAGACACCAAGGUUUUGUGGGAUCAGAGGUCUUGGACAUUGCGAUUUGAACGUCUGCAACACUUUCAAGAAGAGUCAAACAGUGUUCUAUAUAGGUUCCUUUGCAUGUUACCUACUAUAAGGAAACUUCAGUUGUCGGAUUGUUUGUUCGAAGAGAUGUUCUCUGCUGAAAGACCUAAUGCUGAUUACACAAGAGUCCUCUUGCACCUAAAAGAAUUACAGUUAAUUAAUGUGGGUAAUCUCAACUCCAUUGGUUUAGAGCACUCUUGGCUACACCCAAUUCCCGAAAAUCUCCAAACAUUAGAAGUAAACAAAUGUCAUCGUUUAAUAAACUUGGUACCGAACACAGUAUCUUUUUCCAACCUCACAAUUUUGAAUGUAUAUAGUUGUACAGGAAUGCUAUAUCUGUUAACAUCCUCAACAGCCAAAAGCUUGUGUCGCCUAAAAGUGAUGGGCAUAAAAUAUUGUGAUUCAAUGCAAGAGAUAAUGUCCAUAGAGGGGGAUGAAUCACAUGAAGAUAAAAAAAUAAUAUUUGAGCACCUCCACACUUUGAUUCUAAAAGAAUUAUCACAGCUGAGGUGCUUUUACCCUGGGAAAUUUGCUUUAUGCUUUCCUUCCUUGAAGAAGGUAUCCUUGAUUAGCUGUAGCAGGAUGAAAACUUUCAGUCCAGUCAACAGAAUAGAUCCAACCAAAUUGCCUUCGGGAGUUACUUUCAUCAAAGAUGCAACACCAAAAUGGGAAGGUGAUCUGAAUUCUACAAUACUCAAGAGGUUUGAGGAAGAGACUUCAGAACAUCUACAAAAAGUAACUGUUGUGAGUCUAAAAAAUGAGCCAGUACUACAAGACAUAUGGAAUGGCUCACUGCCAGUCCCACACUUGUGCUUCCAGAAUUUGGAAGAAUUAAUCGUGGAUGGGUGCCAAUUUUUAUCUGAAGUACUACCGUCCCAUUUACUUCCUUUUUUAACAAAAAUGGAAAAGUUGACAGUUCAAAAUUGUAGUUCUGUGAAAACCAUAUUUGAUGUGAAAUGUACAACAGAACUCAGAAAAAUGACAACUAAAGGACCAGCUCUGAUUCCCCUCCCUUUUUCUCUGAAGAUAUUUAUUUUAGAGGAGUUGCCAAAUCUGGAGAAUGUUUGGAAUGAAGAUCCUCGUGGAAUUCUAAAGAUUGAACUGCUAAAAGAAGUAUAUAUUGGCAAGUGUAAAUGCCUCACAAGUUUGUUUCCAGCAUCAGUAGCCAAAGAUCUUGUGAAACUUGAAAAACUACACGUAAAACACUGUGAGGAGUUGACGGUUAUUGUUGCAGAGGAUAAUGCAGAUCCCAAGGGAACAGAUUUAGAGCUCACGUUCCCUUGUACUAUCUCAUUGGAUCUACAAGGAGUGCCAAAGCUGAAGUAUUUUUACAGUUCACUGCAUUGUGACAUGUCAAAGCUUAUACCCAACCUGCAGCACUUGUCACUGGGCGAGAAAGAAUUGAAGUUGAUUUUGCAGGGAAGCCUCUUCAACAAAUUAAAAUUUCUUCAUUUUCCGUGCUUUCAUGUUGAAUCAGAUGCAUUUCCAUAUGCAUUUUUACAACAUGUGCCCAAUAUAGACAAGCUUGUGGUGUUUAGUAGUUCGUUCAAGGAGAUUUUCUGCUUCCAAAGACCUGAUGUAGUCCAUACAGAGUUCCUAUCCCAUCUUAAAGUAUUAAUAUUUGAAUUACUUGAGGAUCUCAAUUCCAUUGGGUUAGAGCACUCUUGGGUUGAACCCUUAGUCAAGAAUCUAGAAACAUUGGAAAUAACUAGAUGUUCUCGUUUAAGGAACAUAGCAGCAUCCCCAGUAUGUUUCUCCAAUCUGAUGCGUUUGAUUUUGUAUGACUGUCAUGGAUUGGUAAAUUUGUUCACUUCCUCAACGGCCAAAACUUUGACUCGACUCAAAACAAUGGAGAUAAUUAAUUGUAAAUCAGUACAAGAGAUAGUGUCUCAUGAGGGUGAUGCAUCACAUGAGGAUGAAAAGCUAAUAUUUGAUGAGCUCCAGAGUUUGAUUCUUAAAGAUUUAUACGAACUCAAGUGCUUUUAUACAGGGAAUUUUACUGUGUGUUUUCCAUCCUUGGAGAAACUGUUUUUAAUCAACUGCUUCAAGAUGGAAACUUUCUGUCCAGGUACCAUUAAUGCAGACAAGUUGUCGGAAGUUACAUUUCUGGAAUUAUCAGAUGCUGACCCAUUGGACAUUGAUCUCAACUCUACCAUAAGGAAGAGAUUUCUAAAAAGGUGGAGUUCAACUCCAAUAAUUGAUGAAGUAUGACAAAGACAACUGAUGAAGAGGAACGAAGUUGUCCAGUGUUGCUAUUUUUUUAUUUAUUUUGAUUUAAUAUCCAGUGUUACUAUGUUGUGUUUUUGAAAAAUAACUAUGCUUGUGGGGUUUGAAGUUACUUAGUUGAUUGUUCUAUUUAUUAGUGCAACAAUGUGUGUGAUUGAUUAUAUAUUAAGUUAUUGACAGUCAUGAAAAACAAAGACCUGUAUCAGGGACUAUAUAAUAGUGUUCUUGUAUGUUAUCUUUGUAUAUAAUUACUCAUGAACAUUUGUCCGUAUUGUUUGAUAUACGAUAAAUUUGUUUGUUUA